AUGAGCUUCCUGAGCCUGCAGCAGCAGGCGGCGGCGCCGCGGCGGGUCUCGGCCCGGCGGGCGGCCGCCCCGAUCCGGCAGAAGCUGCUGUUCCUGAGCGGCCACAGCGACUGCGAGGAGGAGGAGGAAGACGAGGAGGAGGAAGGCGGCAGCAGCGGCAACAGCACGGGCGAGGACUCGGCCUUCCAGGAGGCGGACUCGCCGCUCUCGGCGGCUCGCACCCCGGCGCGGGGCGAUCCGCCGCUGCUGGAGGAGGAGGAGGACGAGGAGAUGGAGCCGGCGGCAGCGCCGCUGCCGGACGAGGGGGACUCGUGGGAGGAGGAAGGGUUCGGCUCGUCCCCGGUGAAAUCGCCCGGAGCCUAUUUCAUGGCCGGCUCGCCCUCGCCGCCGCCCCCCCACAAGGGCCGCCGCUACUGCGGGCGCUCGCCGCCGCACCUGACGGCGGGCGGCUACCGGGUGCGGAGCGAGGAGCCCAGCUCCCCGCUGCCCGACUACCCCGGCACCCCGCCCCACAAGACCUUCCGCAAGCUGCGCCUCUUCGACACGCCGCACACGCCCAAGAGUUUGCUUUCUAAAGCACAAGGAAUGGGUUCCAGCUCAGUUAAACUUCGAGGUGGCUCUCUGUUUAUGAAUGUUGGGAAAUCUGAGAAGCAAGAUCCUGAUAUUAGACAAACACCUCAUGUGAACAUCAAUCCCUUCACUCCUGAUUCAAUGUUUCUUCAUAACUCUGAAGGACAAGUUCGUCGGAGAAAGAGAACUCACUGGAAUGACUCUUGUGGAGAGGACAUGGAAGCAAGUGAUGGAGAGCCUGAAGAUGAAACAACCAGACCUGCUAAGAGGAUCACAAUAACAGAAAGUAAUAUGAAGUCACGGUAUGCAACUGAAUUCCAUGAGUUGGAGAAGAUUGGAUCUGGUGAAUUUGGUUCUGUGUUCAAAUGUGUGAAAAGGCUCGAUGGCUGUAUUUAUGCUAUAAAGCGAUCUAAGAAACCUUUAGCUGGCUCAGUGGAUGAGCAAAAUGCUUUAAGAGAGGUCUAUGCACAUGCAGUUCUGGGACAGCAUUCUCAUGUAGUAAGAUACUACUCUGCAUGGGCAGAAGAUGAUCAUAUGCUUAUACAGAAUGAGUAUUGUAAUGGUGGCAGUUUAGCAGAUGCCAUAAGUGAAAAUUACAGAAAUAUGCGUUACUUUACUGAACCAGAGCUAAAAGACCUACUACUUCAGGUGGCUCGGGGCUUAAAGUACAUUCAUUCAAUGUCACUGGUACACAUGGAUAUCAAACCUAGUAAUAUUUUCAUAUCUAGGACAUCAGUCCCAAGUACAACUUCAGAAGAAGGUGACGAUGAUGACUGGUCGUCUGAUAGAGUUAUAUUUAAAAUAGGUGAUCUUGGUCAUGUAACUCGAGUAUCUAGUCCACAAGUGGAGGAAGGUGAUAGCCGUUUUCUUGCAAAUGAAGUCCUACAAGAGAAUUACACUCACUUGCCGAAAGCGGAUAUUUUUGCUCUUGCUCUGACUGUUGUCUGUGCUGCUGGUGCUGAACCACUUCCAACUAAUGGGGACCAAUGGCAUGAAAUUCGACAAGGAAAACUUCCUAGAAUACCACAAGUGCUUUCUCAAGAAUUACUAGAUUUACUAAAAGUUAUGAUUAACCCUGAUCCAGAGAAAAGGCCUUCAGCUGUGGCACUAGUCAAGCAUUCAGUGCUGCUGUCUGCCGCAAAAAAGAGCGCAGAGCAGCUGCGGAUAGAACUGAAUGCUGAAAAAUUCAAAAACUCUCUCUUGCAGAAAGAGCUGAAGAAGGCGCAAAUGGCAAAGGCUGCAGCUGAGGAGCGAGCACUGUUCACAGACAGAAUGACAACUAGAUCUACAACACAAAAUAGACCAUCUCGACUCAUUGGAAAGAAAAUGAACCGCUCAGUUAGCCUUACUAUAUACUGAACUAUGAAGUCCAAAAGAACUACUGAGGAUGGCUAUAGAGUUUCUGCUGGACUGAAGUCUGAGGAGUUGAAAGAAUCAUUCAGUUCCUGGUCUCCUUUCCAGUCUUUGAUCAGUGUCAUUAGUUUUACAGGUUUUUUUUCUUUUUUUAAUCAUACAAUACAGCUGACUAGCUGUAUUAACCAUUUGAGAUACUGGACUCUACUAUCUUGUCUAUAGAGGAUCCUGGAUGUUAAUCCAUAAACCUUUUGGUUACACUGUUAGAUGUUACAUCGUCCCAAGGUUAACCACUAUAGUGGUGUGCUGCUUUUUAGUGUUACGGCAUUGUAAUAAGAAGUAAUAUCCCUAAUAAUCUUUAAGAGGGAGGCAGGGGACCUUGUGUUGUUAGUUACUGGUUUUGGAACAGAGGGAAUAAAUUUUGGAAGAUAGGCUUUAAGGCCAUCUACACUCAAUAUACCUGAUAUCAGGUAAACUUUUAUUGUGAAUUUUAUUUGUAUAUUCAACUGGGAGCACUUUGUAGGCAUUGCAUAAACCACAGCUUAGAAACCUGUGGAAUUAAGUGCCAUGUGGAACUGCUGCUAUCUUAGUUUUUUGUCCUCGCUGUAAACUGUAGCAUUAAAACAAUCAUUAUUGUGUUAAUAGGCUUCUUGUUAAAACAAUUACGUGAAACAAAUCUAAGCUGCAUUUUAGUGAUGGCAGCAUUUCUCUCUUGAAGCUAGUGCAUUGUGAAAUAAUGCACCAAUUCAAUAUUUGAACUCUGUAUUAGUGUAGUGCAAUUGUUAAUGUCUUGGCUAUUGAUGUUUUGUAAUUCUUUCUAAUAAGGUUCUCU